AUCUAGUGGCUAUCAACGCUGAAGGGUAUUUUAGUCAUCUCGCUCACCGGCGCCUGUUAACGCCUCUCGUCUCCCUUCGCUCUUCGACGAGCCACAUGGCGCAAGGUUUCACAACCCUCGCGUUUCAAACUGUUUCUUUCCGAAUCUACCCUCCCCACUCUCCUCACUCUCUCGUUUCUGGAACCUUCUCCUCCGCCUCCGCUCUCCGCCGCCGCACGCCACUGAGCUUGGAUCUGAUGCCUGUUGGUCCUAGUGCCGCGGCCGUCGUUCUCGCUUCUCCCUCGCAGAAGGCGGAAGGAGAAGCGGUCCGGGUGGGAGAGGAGGGCGCGGAAUGGGGCAAGGUAUCCGCCGUCCUCUUCGACAUGGACGGUGUCCUUUGCAAUAGCGAAGAGCUUUCAAGGCUGGCGGCGGUCGAUGUGUUUGCUGACAUGGGCGUCUCCGUCACCACCGAUGACUUCAUUCCCUUCAUGGGGACGGGCGAGGCCAAUUUUCUUGGAGGUGUUGCCAGAGUGAAGGGAGUGAAAGGGUUCGAUCCAGAGGCUGCUAAAAAACGAUUUUUCGAAAUUUACCUUGCUAAGUAUGCGAAGCCGGAGGCAGGAAUUGGAUUUCCUGGAGGUCUUGAACUUAUCACGGAGUGCAAAAGAAGAGGACUUAAGGUUGCUGUUGCUUCUAGUGCUGACCGGAUCAAGGUUGAUGCAAAUCUGGCUGCUGCUGGUCUGCCUGUUUCUCUGUUUGAUGCAAUUGUAUCUGCUGAUGCUUUUGAGAAUUUGAAGCCUGCUCCAGAUAUAUUCUUAGCUGCAUCAAAGAACUUGAAUGUACCUGAAUCAGAGUGUAUUGUGAUUGAAGAUGCUCUUGCUGGCGUCCAAGCUGCAAAAGCUGCUCGGAUGAGGUGCAUUGCUGUUACCACGACAUUGUCCGAAGACAAGCUGCAGCAAGCUGGUCCAUCUCUUAUAAGAAAGCAGAUAGGGAAUGUUUCAAUCGAUGAUGUCCUGUAUGGUGGACAGCAUUCUCUUGAUCAAAGCGUUUAGCUUCAACAGAAGAGAUUUUUUGCUUCUGUAAUAAUAUGGCAAAGUAUCGAAUUUUCCUCAUCAUUGGGAAUGCCUGGGACUCUGGAAAGACGUUAAUAGUCGUGUAUUUGCACAAUAGAUGCGUCAUUUAUUUAUGAAAUCUAAUUAGACAAUUCCGCACUAA